AUGGAUUCUCGUAACCAAUUAGGCCAAGAGCCCUUGCGUCAGGGAGCUCCCCCGGACCAGUAUGAUGACUGGCGAUGGCCGACUGUUUCUCCGUUGCGCGAUGCCGGCGCUGCCGCCCACUACGAUGACUCUUCCUAUUUGCAUGAACUGCGAACUAAAGCCUCGUUUGUUUCUUCACAGUCUGAUCAAGCCACAGCAUAUUCCUCCGAUCAUGAUAAUGGGAGCCGCAUCUAUACACCAGAUUCUACGUGGUCCGGCUCGUUUGCUUACCGAGGUGGAUAUGCACCCGUGUCGAAUAUAUCUGCUGCUCCGCCUAGGAGGACGCACUCCAUCAACGUUCGCAACCCCAGCUAUCGCUCCUUACCAAGGCAGAAAGUACCGGCAGGCAUACAAGAGGAAGAAUAUGACCUGUCUCUGUUGAAAUCAGCGGCUCUCAUGGGUACUAGUGCACCCUACGAUGUGAUUCCAGAUGAUGAUGAGGCUGCACCGCCAGGAGUCGACAUCACAUCUGCCAUGGGGCCAAUGACGACUCAUGAUGCUGAAUUCAUCAAAAGCCUACAGGAACAGGAAGCGAAUGGAAAUCUUACAGGUGGACUAGGUCAAGGUUUUCGACCAGAUUCUAGGCUUCGGGACACAGAGCUUCUGUCCAGCCCAACAUCAAUAAAGCGGAGUCUCUCCAGAUCAUUCGCACAGCACAAAUCAGCCAACCAUCUAACACGAAAAGAUACUAUUCGAUUCAAGGGCCAAGCUGAGGCUAACCGGCGAGGAGAGGUCAUCGAAGUCGUUCUUGAGACGACACCCACCGAUCUCAGCAACUUUGAAGGAUCAAACAUGCUUUGGGACCCUGACACCCGACGCAGUGCGGUCGCCGGCAAAGUACAGGAGACACAAAUAUUUUAUCCCCAACCAAACUGGAAACCGUGGUCCAUGCGAUGGCCUUAUCUUACUAUGAUGAUACUGCUUUCUGUCACUCUGGCUGUCAUGCAAGAGGCUCUUUUCCAAAAGUACGAGAAAAUUCCUCUGUUGCAGUUCCAGAAACCCAGCGAUGUCAAGCCAGGUCUCUAUUUUGCUGUGAAAUUUGCGCCUACUCUGUGUGCCGUCAUUUACGGAGUGUUGUGGCAAUUCGUCGAUUUCGAAGUCCGACGCCUGGAAGCAUUUUACCAACUAUCAAAACCAGGCGGUGCGUUGGCGGCAGAGUCUAUGAAUGUUGACUAUGUGACGAGUUUUAGCUUCAUGCGACCUUUUCGAGCAUUAACCUUGGGACACCAUGCAGUUGCCCUUUCAUCGAUUGCCACUACCCUGGCGAUUUCUCUGGUUCCCACAUUUGCGUCUGCCUCAGUUAUACUCUCGCCCAGUCGAGAGGAGCGGAUGAAUCACCCUAAUGGUGACAAAUAUCUGCAUUUUUCCCCGGAAUGGUCGCGACUUUUGACUUCAACACUAGCCGUGUGCUCUGCCGCGGGCAUUGGCCUGCUGUUUUUGCUUCAGAGCAGACGCACCGGGUUACUAUCUAACGUGCGAGGUAUUGCUGGCCUGGCGUCCAUGGCCGUCGUGAGCCACAUUUUAAUGGACUUUAAGGACAUGGAUACUUCCAGGCACAAAGACAUCCACCAAAAAUUGAAACAUAAUCGAUACAUUUUGCGAAAUUCAUCGCUGGCGCCUGACAAUGAGAAUCCAGCGACGUCACAAGAGAGAGCCAUGUAUGAAGACGGACACAUGUCAGAAAACCCUCAUCCGCUGAUGUUGCGGCUGGCCGGGUUUAUCCCAUUUGCAAUCGCUCUCUGGGGUUUUAUGGGAUUCAUCCCAGCUUUCCUCUUCACCGAAGCAGAUGCUGUCUCAGAAAAAGCGCCCUGGUUUGUGACCGCCGUGUCGGUCUGCCUGAAGAUGAGCUGGAAUGCUCUGGAAACUGCUGUUCGGGUUAUGGAGCCUUACUAUAUACUAUCCAAGAGGCACGCGCCUUCGGUCCUCUUGACGCUGGAUUACACUGCCAUGCCGUUCGGCUAUCUUCCCAUCAAGGCACUCUUGAACGGCCAUACGAUCAUGUUCCUGGUUGGUUUUGGCAGCGUCAUUGCCGAGUUCUUGACCAUUCUCGUGACCGGUCUGGCCACAGUUGAUGGCAAGGAUUUCCUUCUCAACGGCGAUGGCAAUGUUAAUCAAGACGGAGGCAAAUUCAUCAACUCUGGACAAGAGACAACCCAUUCAUUCUACGUCUCUUUUGGCAUCGCCAUGUUUAUCCUUCUGUACAUGAGUGUCGUGUCCUGCAUCGUCUUUUUCCGACGGCGACAUCCGUUCUUGCCGCGACAGCCAAACACUAUAUCAUCUGUGUUGGCAUACAUUCAUCAGAGCAAGAUGCUUUAUGACUUUGUAGGGACGGAGAAGUUCAGCAGUGCCCAGAUAGUAAAGAAGCUGGAUGAUGGCAAGACUUAUGGUCUGGGAUGGUUUCAGGGCCGGGACGGGCAAAUACACUGCGGAAUAGAUCAAGAGGAGCUAACGAGUUCGUACAAGCACGGCGUCGAUUAUACGCAGCGGAACCAGCCAUGGAACACACCGUGGGAUACGUUGUAG